AUGUUUCGGAGGCCUCGUAGAGCUUAUAGGGGGCCUCGGAAAGAUGAAUCCGAUGAGGAAAGUGAAACUACUUCACCAGGUCCGGUUCCCAAUCCAGUAAAUCCCCCACAGUUGUCAGGAAGCAAGUCAACUCUCAGCUUCGGAGAUGACCUUGAAGGCACAUUGCGUCCCGCUCAUAGUCGACGAGUGUUAAAGCAACUGAAGGAGGGUAAGAGCUCUCUGAAGUCGACAACUCCGGAAGUGGAUUCUACACGAAAAGACCCUCCACCAGAACGAGUUCACACGUAUCCAGCCACACUGAAUGAGUCACCUCACAAGGACAACAUGACAAACGAGGACGAGAUCAUUAAAGUGAAACCAUUGCAUCGUACUUCGUCAGAACAAUUUUCCUCUAUGCUCAAACAGGGUGUGAUUCCUGAUGCGAAUACAAUACACAUGGUUCGCAAACAGCGACAGCAAGCCAAGUUCCAGCUGGAAGCAGAGGAGGAGGGUGCAUCACCUCCUCACGUAGCAAUCAAUGAUGGUCGUCGUCUUGUCAGGGAAGAAGACGACGACGACGCCGAGGAAGAGGACUAUGAGGGGGGCGGCAACGUUUACAAUCGCCAGCGGCCCGCCUUCACGGUGACUGCCGAAUACCGCGACCCAAACAGCCGUCGUCGUGUCGACAUCUCGAGGGGCCUCCAGCGUCGCAGGGAGCGGGAGCAGCGCGAGGGCAACGCCGACAUCCGGUCGAUGAUUGAAGCCGUUGAAAAUGAGGAGAAGAAGAAGCUUCAGGAUGGCGAACUGGAAGCGGAGGAGGAGGAGGCGGAAGAUGCUUGGGAAAAGCAGCAAAUUCAAAAAGCCGUCUCUAACAAGAAUUCGGCUGUCUUAGAGGCUCUUGCCCCGUCGCCGCCGCCGUCGUCUGACGGCGGUCUUCUUCCCAAGCCCCUUCGCCGUGCAACUGACUUUGGCGAUGUCACACUGGCCUCUGUAAAGGCCACUCUUCAAGCACGACUGGACAAAAAACGGGAAGCGAUGCUGGCAAACAAGUCAGAGCUAGAGGCAGCGCAGGGCGAUUUGGCCCGCGGCCGAGUCGCGAUUUCAGAUUCGCGCUUGAAGUUGCCGGAACUUGCGAACGCACUAGCCUUUUACAUGGAAAUCCGCGAAUACGUUCGUGAUGUGAUCUGCUGCUUAAAUGAAAAAAUGCCGAAAAUCGAGUACAUGGACAGGAAAUCUAUCAUCUUGUAUCGUGAGCGUGCUGACACCCUAAUGUCGAGGCGACGGGCUGACGUCGGGGAUAUGGCCGAUGAAGCGGCUGGCGUUGUUGAAAACGGUGAUAACCCUGAGGCAGCAAAAUCAGCGGAAGCUCGGAGGCGACGCAAGGCCGACAGAGAGGCUCGACGUACACGACGACGACAUCAGAGUAAGCCCGAUGAAGUCCAAAGUAAACGCCUGGAGGCAACAAUCGGAGUCGUUCCAUCGUACGAAGGAGUUAGUUCGGACGACGAGGAGCCCCAGGCCGUCAUUGCUAGGCGGGCGGCCGAUUUCGCGCGUUCGGGUGUACGCGGCAUAACGCGCGAUCGGAAGCGUGGUUCAGGCUUGGAAACGGAUAGCCUCGUCAUCCUCAUCGUCGCUGAUAUAGGUCUCAAGCGCAUGCAUAAGCGGGAUAAGUCGGAUAUAAAGAACGACGCGGAGCACAUCUUUGACGAUGUGGUGGAGGAGUUUUGUGCAAUCGCCUGCAUUCUCCGCCGCUUCGCCGAGUGGCGUGAGAGGUUGGCGCGAACCUACGCACAGGCCUACAUCCCAAUGUGUCUGCCCCAACUCCUGGCUCCCCUCAUUCGCCUCCAGGUGCUCACCUGGAACCCUCUAGAGGCCAACUGCCCCUCCUUCGACGAGUAUCCGUGGUUUGGAUGUUUGUUGGACCACUACGCGGGUCUCAGGCAGACGGGCGGGGGAGCGCACGAGCACGCGCCCGCCGGCGACGAGGCCCAAAAGGUCCUCCACUCGCUUGGCACCUCGCCUGACCACGAACUCUCAGUGAUUCCUCUGGCUAUCGAAAGGGUGCUUUUGCCAAGGCUCACAGAGAUUGUUUCGGCUUCGUGGGACCCGAUGUCGUGGAGCCAGACACAGCGUCUCGUCACUCUUCUGCGCACCUUCGCGGCCCUGUGGCCCACCGUCUCGGUGGACAACAAGGCCACCCAACGGCUCUUCGAAGCCGCUCUGCAACGCAUGGAGCAGACCAUCCAAAUGGACGUCUUUAUACCCCUCUACUCGAAAAUUGUUAUGUCUGAUCCUCAGAGUCCCGGGCGCCUCUUCUUUAAUCGUCAGUUGAACGUCGCAAUGAAGCUCCUUUCAAAUCUUCUUCAAUGGCACGAUCUGUUGGCCCCUGCUGCUUUAAAACACCUCGCCUUCACCUGCCUUGUAAAUCGUUACAUCCUCAUUGGUUUCGCUAGCCUUAUGUCCACCUCGGUGGGCGAGGGGCCGAGUGAACUGGAGCUGUGGCAGGAGGUCGCCAGUCGUCUCAGAGCCAUUGUUGGACAGCUCCCCGCUGAUUGGCUAACUGAUCCAGGGGACGAUAAGUUGGCUCAAUUAAGGCGAUUUGUGAAUCAGCUUAUUGAGAAGGUGGCGCCAGAGGACACAGCAGUUCCUACUGUUGAGACGAAGGAGGAGAUGACGAUGAAGCCAGUGUUGAAGAAACUCAAGCGAAUCCAAAAUCGUCUUUUGGCCAAGCCCCCUUGA